AUGGACGAGCUGCCGGGCGAGGCCUCCUGCCCCAUCUGCCGGGAAUAUUUCCGCGACCCCGUGUCCAUCCACUGCGGGCACCACUUCUGCCGGGCGUGCAUCGAGCGCUGCUGGGAGUGGCCCACGGGCGGGUUCGCGUGCCCGCGCUGCCGGGACACGGCCCCGCGGCGGAGCCUCCGCCCGAGCCGCGAGCUGCAGCGGGUGCUGGAGCUGGCGCGGCGCCUGAGCCGCGGGGAGGCGCUGGGAGCCCGGGAGGAGGAGGAGGAGGAGGAGGAGGAGGAAGGCUGCCGGAGGCACCGGGAGCCGCUGGAGGCUUUCUGCAAGGAGGACGCGGCUCUGCUGUGCGCCAUCUGCCGCGAGUCGCGGGCGCACCGGGCGCACACGGUGCUGCCGCUGCCGGAGGCGGUGCGGGAGUUCGAGGAACAAAUCCAGGCCGGGCUGCAGACCCUGAAGGACGACAGGGACAAACUCCUGGAGCUCCGGGAGGCUGAAAUGAGGAGAAACUGGGAGUGUUUGGAGCGCACCGAGGCGGAGCGGCGGCGCCUCCUGUCCCAUUUCCAGGGGCUGCGCCUGUGCCUGGAGGAGCUUUGGCGGCGCCUCCUGGCGCGGCUGCGGCGCCUGGAGAGCGACCUCGGGCGAGCGCAGGAGGAGGCGGCGACGGCGCUGACCCAGGAGAUCUCCCGGCUCGAGAGCCGCGCCCUGGAGCUGCAGCGGCGGCGGCGGCAGCCGGCCCGACCCUUCCUGCAGGACAUCAGCAGCACCUUGAGCAGCCUCAGAAAUGAAAAUUUCCAGCUGCCCCCGUCGCCUCUUCCAGAUUUGGAAAAUAAAAUUCAACGUUUCAGGGAGGAAAAUGUUCCCCUGGAGGAGACACUGAGGAGAUUCCGAGACAUCCUGACCUUCGAGCUGCCCGAGAGAAUGACGGUGACGCUGGACCCCAGCACUGCCCACCCCCGGCUCCUCGUGGCGCCCGACGGGAGCAGCGUCAGCUGGGAAAGAGCCCAACCCGGGGACGGAGCCCAACCAGACCCCGGCACCGACCCCAGCACCGACCCCGGCACCGACCCUUCCGUGCUGGGCCGUGAGGGCGUCACGGGCGGGAGGCGCUGCUGGGACGUGUGGGUGGCACCAGAGGGGUCCUGGGCGCUGGGGGUGGCCAGGGAGACCUUAGGGAAUGGGGCAGAGACCCCCGGGAGUGGGGCAGAGACCCCUGGGGGCUCCGAGUGGGAGCUCUGGUCCAUGGGGCUCUGCCAGGGCCAGUUCUGGGCUCUCACCUCCCUGGAGCGCGUCCCGCUGUUCCUCGCCCGGGUGCCCAGCAGGGUGAGGGUGGCCCUGGACUACGAGAGGGGCCAGGUGGAGUUUUUCAAUGCCGACGAGAGGAGUUUGAUCUUCGCCUUCCCGGCGGCCUCGUUCCAGGGGCAGAGCGUCCGCCCCUGGUUCCUGGUGUGGGGAGAGGGCGCCCGGCUCACCCUGUGCCCCUGAGCGCCCCCAAAUCCUGGGGUUUUCUCACCAUUCCUGGCUCUCCCGGGGAUUUGUGGCUGCUGGAGUCACUGAGCAUCCCUCAGGGUCGCUGUCCUGAGGUGUCACCCCAAAUCUGGGGGCUGAAAACGGAACUACCUCUGUCCCACCCCAUCCUGCACCACCCCAAUCCCUUUUCUGUCCUCCCCUCUGGCUUUGGAUGAAUUAAAAACCCAAAAUUUGCAUGUUUCAACUUCUCUGUCUGGUGUUUGCUGCCUCUGGGUGUUUCAUUUAAUUUUGCUUAAUUAAACCCCAUUUGUUUAA